AUGUUUGUCCUGGAGCCUUUCUCCAGGGUGUGCCCAGGGUGUGUCCAGGGUGUGUCCAGGGUGUGUCCAGGGUGUGUCCAGGGUGUGUCCAGGGUGUGUUCAGGGUGUGUCCAGGGUGUGUCCAGGGAUGAUGAGGUGGUGCUGCAGAGUGUCGCCACCAUCCAGAAGGAGAAUCGCAAGUUUUGUCUGUCCGUGGAGGGACUCGGAAAUCGACUAUGCUUCCUAGAAUCUACAUCUGAGGCUAAGUAUGUUCCUCCUGACCUUUGUAUCUGCUGUUUCAUCCUGGAGCAGUCCCUGUCUGUCCGGGCCCUGCAAGAGAUGUUGGCUCAUACAGUGCCUAACAAUGAGGGGGCGGCCCAGGGGGGUGGACACCGGACCCUGCUCUAUGGUCACGCCAUCCUCCUACGCCACUCCUUCAGCGGAAUGUACCUGACCUGCUUGAAGACAUCAAGGUCGUUGACAGACAAACUGUCAUUUGACGUGGGAUUACAAGAAGAUUCAAUAGGAGAGGCAUGUUGGUGGACCAUCCACCCUGCGUCCAAGCAGAGGUCAGAGGGAGAGAAGGUCCGUAUCGGAGACGACCUCAUCCUGGUCAGCGUGUCCACAGAGAGGUACCUGCACCUGUCCAUCUCUAGUGGUAGUUUCCAGGUGGAUGCCUCCUUUAUGCAGACUCUGUGGAACGUCCAGCCUACCUGCUCGGGAAGCAACGUGGCUGUAGGAUUUCUGUGUGGUGGUCACGUGAUGCAUCUUUGUCACGGGCAUGAUGAGAGUCUGACUAUACCUGGAUCAGAGGCCAGCGAGAUGGAGCAGAGGAUUGUGAACUAUGAGAUGGGUAAAGGAGCAUCCAGGGCCCGCUCUCUAUGGAGGCUGGAGCCCCUCAGGAUCGGUUGGAGUGGUAGCCACAUUCGCUAUGGGCAGGCGUUUCGUCUGCGUCACCUGUCCACCGGUCACUACCUGGCGCUGACCGAAGAACAUGGUCUGGUCUUACAGGAGAGAGAGAAGUCUGAUACCAAGUCCACCUCUUUCUGCUUCAGGGCUACCAAGGAAAAGAUAGAGUCGGGUACAAAGAAUCGAGACAUAGAAGGUAUGGGAGUAGCAGAGAUCAAGUACGGGGACUCGGCCUGCUUCGUGAUGCACGUGGCUACAGGUCUGUGGCUGUCCUAUCAGGCGCCUGACGCUAAAGCCUCCCGCAUAGGACCCCUGAAGAGAAGGGCCUGUCUGCAUGCUGAGGGUCACAUGGACGACGGUCUGACCCUUCAGCGUUGUCAACACGAGGAGGCACGGGCUGUACGCAUCAUCAGGAACACUACUGUCCUCUUCAGCCACUUCAUCAAGGGUCUGGACAGUAUAGGAAGGAAUAAGAACGUGGAGGUGUCUCUGCCUAACUUUGACGAGGUGUUGCAGACGUUGGAUGAUCUGAUUGAGUACUUCAAACAGCCCGACUCAGAACUGGAACACGAGGAGAAACAAACUCUGCUGAGAUCUCUCAUCAAACGACAGGACCUCUUCAAAGAGGAGGGCAUGCUGGCCCUGCUGGUGAUGUGCAUCGACCGUCUCAACCUAUACAACAGCGCUGCUCACUUUGGAGAGCAUGCUGGGGAAGAGGCUGGGGCGGCAUGGAAGAACAUCCUCAACCUACUCUACCAAUUACUGGCCUCUCUGAUCAAAGGGAACCGGAACAACUGUACCCAGUUCUCCAGGAACCUGGACUGGUUGGUCAGCAAGCUGGAGAGACUGGAGUCCUCAUCAGGUAUCCUGGAGGUGCUCCACUGUAUCCUGAUAGAGUCUCCAGAGGCUCUGAACAUCAUCCAGAAAGGACACAUCAAGUCCAUCAUCUCCCUGCUCUACAAACACGGACGCAACCACAAGAUCCUGGACGUCCUGUGCUCUCUGUGUGUGUGUAACGGGGUGGCAGUGAGAGCCAAUCAGAACCUCAUCUGUGAUCACCUGCUUCCGAAGAGAGACCUGCUCCUCCAGACACGAUUGGUCAAUGACGUUCAGAGUAUGAGACCUAACAUCUUCCUAGGAGUGGCGGAGGGUUCUGCCCAGUAUAAGAAGUGGUACUUUGAGUUGAUGAUCGACCAGGUGGAACACUAUGUGACCAGCGAGCCAUCCCACCUGCGUGUGGGCUGGGCCUCCACUAAGGGUUAUGCCCCCUACCCGGGGGGUGGAGAGGGAUGGGGGGGCAACGGAGUGGGUGACGACCUUUACUCAUACAGCUUUGACGGACUCUACCUGUGGUCAGGCCGUAUCUCCCGGGCAGUAGCCUCGAUCAACCAGCACCUGUUGAACAGUGAUGACGUGGUGAGCUGUUGUCUGGACCUGGGCGCUCCCUCCAUGUCCUUCAGGAUCAAUGGCCAGCCAGUACAGGGCAUGUUUGAAGACUUCAACAUCGACGGAUUCUUCUUCCCUGUAGUCAGCUUCUCUGCGGGGGUCAAAGUGCGUUUCCUGCUGGGUGGUCGUCAUGGAGACUUUAAGUUCCUGCCCCCGGCGGGUUACUCCCCAUGUUACGAGGCCCUUCUCCCCAAGGAGAAGAUGAGGGUGGAGGCUGUGAAGGAGUACAAGAGAGACCAUGGAGGGGUCAGGGACCUACUGGGGACAACACAGUUCCUCUCCCAGGCCUCAUUCAUCCCCACACCUGUAGACACCAGCCAGAUUGUUCUACCUCCUCACCUGGACAACGUGCGUGACAGACUAGCAGAGAACAUCCAUGAACUUUGGGGCAUGAACAAGAUUGAACUGGGAUGGUCCUAUGGAAAGGUUCGAGACGACAACAAGAGGCAGCACCCCUGCCUGGUGGAUUUCACCAAGCUGCCUGAAACUGAGAGGAACUAUAACCUGCAGAUGUCUAGCGAAACUCUCAAGACCCUGUUGGCAUUGGGAUGUCAUGUGACACAGACCAACGUUAACGCUGAGGAAGAUCUGAAGAAAGUCAAACUGCCCAAAGACUAUGUGAUGUCUAACGGGUACAAGCCAACGCCGCUGGAUCUUUCUGAGGUGAAACUGACGGCUGGUCAGGAGGUUCUGGUAGAUAAACUGGCGGAGAACGCUCACAACGUUUGGGCCAAGGACAGGGUCAAACAAGGAUGGACCUACGGCAUUCAGCAGGAUGUGAAGAGCAGGCGAAACCCUCGUCUGGUGCCGUACGCUUUACUAGACGAGAGAACCAAGAAGUCUAACAGAGACAGUCUGAGAGAGGCCAUCAGGACACUGGUGGGAUAUGGCUACAACAUCGACCCCCCAGACCAGGAACCCUGUCAUAUCGUGGAGAGGCAGAGCAUUGAGACGAUCCGGUUCUUCCGCGUAGAGCAGACGUAUGCAGUGAAGACAGGGAAGUGGUACUUUGAGUUUGAGGCCCUGACUGGAGGGGACAUGAGGGUUGGCUGGGCUAGACCAGGCUGUAGGUCAGACUUUGACCUGGGCAUGGACGACCAGGCCUACGUCUUCGAUGGAUACAAGGGUCGUCGAAUGCACAUGGGUGCGCGUUUCUUCGGCCAGUCAUGGAACAAGGGAGACGUGGUGGGCUGCAUGAUCAACAUGGAGGACAAGUCUAUGGUCUUCACCCUCAAUGGAGAGCUACUCAUCACUAACAAGGGAUCCGAGCUCUGCUUCGUUGACUUCGAGACAGAUGAUGGUGAGUUUAUCUUUAGAAGGGAACCCGAGCUCUGCUUCGUUGACUUCCAGACAGAUGAUGGCUUCAUCCCAGUGUGUUGUCUGGCCCAGUCUGAGAUUGGCCGUAUGAACCUGGGGAAGGACGCCAGCACCUUUAAGUACUACACCACGUGUGGCCUGCAGGAGGGCUUCGAACCCUUCGCUGUCAACAUGAACCGUGAGGUCACCAUGUGGUUCAGCAAACGCCUGCCUACCUUCGUCAACAUCCCCAAGGACCACAACCACAUCGAGGUGACGAGGAUAGAUGGGACAGUGGACAACCCUCCGUGCCUGAAGGUGACCCACAAGACAUUUGGGACCCAGCAGAGCAACAGUGACAUGCUGUACUGCAGACUGAGCAUGCCUGUAGAGCUCCACGCUCCUCAUGUCAAUCCUGACGAGUCUCACAAACUCAGUCAGCCUCCAAAGGAAGAUGAUUAUGGCAUCAUUACAACGUAUUAUCACUCAGUGAGGGUGUUUGCUGGCCAGGACCCAGCAUCGGUGUGGGUUGGCUGGGUAACCCCUGACUACCAUUAUCAUAGCAAGCAAUUCAACCUUAACAAGACACGCACGGUUACCGUAACCCUGGGAGACGAGAGAGGACGCGUCCACGAGAGUGUUCGGAGGAGUAACUGCUACAUGGUGUGUGCUGGAGAUGUUGUCGGCUCCUCCCACUCCUCAUCCCGGUCUAACAUCGACCUGGAGAUUGGCUGUCUCGUUGACUUGGCAACAGGCUUUCUCUCCUUCACAGCCAAUGGCAAGGAGCUGGCGAACACCUAUGAGGUGGAGUCCAACACUAAGCUGUUCCCUGCUGUGUUUGUGCGUCCCACCAGCACCAACCUCUUCCAGUUUGAGUUUGUCAAGAUCAAGGUUUCAUUGAAGAGUUCCACAAGCUUCCACGAGCUGGUGACGUUCUUAGGGCUGAAACCCAAGACAGGAGAGACCGAAGUGGCGACAGGUCACUUCUUUAUGCUGUGGUUUGAGUUCUGUACCGACUUCAAGACCAGGUGGAAGAGAGAGAACAAGAAUAUAUCCAAAGAGAGUUACGCCUACAACCUCAAUGAAUUACUGUUCACCUGUAUGUCCUAG